CGACGUAAUCCUGACGUCACGCAGAUGCGCCACUAAGCAAACGUGGGGAAAGGGUGGUUUUCAGAGCUGUUUUGGUCGUUAUAUUUUAUAAAUCCAUUUUUUAGGUCAGUAUGGAUGACGAGGAAGAGACUUACAGGUUAUGGAAAAUUCGCAAAACUAUAAUGCAGCUCUGUCACGACCGUGGUUACCUAGUGACGCAAGAUGAAUUGGAUCAGACCCUCGAUGAGUUCAGAAGUCAGUUUGGAGACAAACCCAGUGAGGGUCGACCACGACGAACCGACCUCACCGUCCUGGUCGCCCACAACGACGAUCCAACUGACCAGAUGUUUGUUUUCUUUCCUGAGGAACCCAAAGUUGGCAUCAAAACCAUAAAGAUGUACUGCCAACGUAUGCAAGAGGAGAACAUCACAAGGGCAAUUAUUGUAGUACAGAUGGGUAUGACCCCUUCAGCCAAACAGUCUCUAGUAGACAUGGCACCAAAGUACAUACUCGAGCAGUUUCUUCAACAAGAGCUUUUAAUCAACAUUACUGAACACGAGCUUGUUCCCGAACACAUAGUGAUGACUAAAGAGGAAGUGACCGAGCUGUUGGCAAGAUACAAACUAAAGGAAAGCCAGCUUCCCAGAAUUCAAGCUGGGGAUCCCGUGGCCCGAUACUUUGGCCUGAAGAGAGGCCAGGUUGUUAAGAUUAUCAGACCAAGUGAGACUGCUGGACGGUACAUCACGUACAGAUUGGUCCAGUAAUUUGUCAGUAUCACUGCAAGUUAUUUCUGAUGUUGUUCACUAGACGACGUAUUUGAUUCAUGUUUGAUAUUUAAGUUUUAAAUAUGGAAAUAGCUUUAUUUCGAUUGCUGUUGUAGUCUAAUUCCGUGACAUUUCAAAUAAACACACUGGUAUCGGUACAGUGAUUGAUAUAAAUUUAACAUUUUGAUAAUGGCAAUUCAAUUUUCAACAACUUUGUGAUGUUUAUGUACAUAAUUAUAUAAUGACUCAUGUAGGAUAUUCUUUUUGACAGGUUUAAAAUCUUCUCUCUGACUCCUGAAAGUCGAAGUACUUUCACAGACCAUCCUUGUUAU